AUGCUCAUCACUAUCAUGUCAAAUGUCGCCAAGAGUACACCAUACACCAACUACAUCGUAUGGAUCCAGUUUCUUCCCCGAUACUUCAACCAACCCUACGCGAUUUCGGUCACAUAUCAACUCCUGAUUGCACUCUCAACAAAUUUCAUUGGGUACGGUCUGGCAGGUCUGUGCCGCCGGUUUCUCGUCUAUCCUGCGUACUGUGUCUGGCCAACAUCACUAGUCACGAUUGCUCUGAACUCGGCUUUCCACGAUUCAGCAUCAGAGACUGCAGUUGUCUUAGGCCCUCUGAAAUCCAUCUGGAGAAUGCCGCGACUCAAGUUUUUUGCUUGGGCGUUCGGCCUUAUGUUCGUGUAUUUCUGGCUACCAAAUUAUCUUUUCGCCGCUCUCAGCUACUUUAGCUGGAUGACCUGGCUUGCUCCGAACAAUCGAGAUCUCGCUACCAUUACAGGAGGCACCACAGGCCUCGGACUGAAUCCUUUACCGAGUCUAGAUUGGAACAUUCUCACAUUCAAUGUCGACCCACUCAUGGUGCCAUUCUUCUCCACCUUCAAUUUUUUCAUCGGUGCUUUCUUCUCCAUGUUCGUUAUCAUUGCUAUUUACUAUAGUAAUGCUUUCAACUCGGCCUACCUGCCUAUCAAUUCCAACCGGCCGUUCGAUCAUUUUGGCCUUCCUUAUAAUGUAAGCUCAAUCAUCGACGACAAGGGCAUCUUUGACGGCGCCAAGUAUGAAGCUUACUCUCCUCCAUUCCUGUCUGCUGGAAACAUCGUUGUAUACAUGUUUUUCUUCGCACUGUACUCGGCAACCGUUGCCUAUGGCAUUCUCUACCACCGACACGAGAUCAUGUUGGGACUUCGCGACAUUUGGUCGAGUUUGAGAAAGAAGAAAAACGAUGGAGGCGAGAACAUCGACCGCAACACUCUUGACGUGCACAACAGGCUGAUGAGGGCCUACAAGGAAGUGCCUGAGUGGUGGUAUAUGAUCUGCCUUGUCAUCUCUAUUACCAUCGGCAUGAUUGGAAUCGCUGCGUACCCUACCAACACCACUCCUUUCGUGGUUCUGUACGGAAUCGGUCUGUGCCUCCUCUUCGUCAUUCCCAUCGGAAUUAUUGCCGCAAUGACAGGCGUGCAAGUCACACUCAAUGUGCUUGCCGAGUUCAUUGGAGGUGUUUGGGUUGAGGGCAACGCCAUCGCAAUGUGUUUCUUCAAGUCAUAUGGAUAUGUCACCUGCGCACAUGCCCUUUCCUUCAGUGCAGACCUCAAACUCGCUCACUACCUCAAGAUUGCUCCCCGCUUUACUUUCUGGGCUCAGAUGGUACCGACGUUGGUGUCUACAUUCAUUAGUGUAGCCAUCCUGCAGUACCAGGUUCACAUUGAGAAUAUCUGCACUCCCGACGCGCCGUUCCGGUUUACUUGUCCCGGCCCCAACACUUUCUUUACUGCAGCUGUCUUUUGGGGCACCGUCGGUCCUCGAAAGAUGUGGGGCGUAGGCGGCCCUUACUCAGUCACACUUAUCGGGUUCCCUCUUGGUAUAUUGCUGGUGGUUAUCUUCUAUGUCCUGAGCCUUAAGUGGCCAAAGAAUGCGAUCGUUCGCAAUGCUCAUCCAGUUGUUAUGCUGGGCGGUGCACUAGCUUGGGCGCCGUACAAUCUAGCCUAUCUGUGGCCUGCAGUGCCGGUGGCUGCGUUCUCUUGGCUGUAUUUGAAGAAGAGAUUCCUCGGAUUUUGGUCAAAGUAUAACUUUGUAACUUCAGCUGCCUUUUCUUGCGCCAUUGCAAUCUCUGGCAUAGUCAUUUUCUUUGCACUGCAGGUGUGGGACAUUGAGUUGAGUUGGUGGGGAAAUGAUGUUGUCGCGGAAGGAUGCGAUGCUGCAGGGAACUGCGUGCUCAAGUCUUUGGCUGAGGGAGAAUAUUUUGGUCCUAGACUUGGAGAAUUCCAUUAA